GGGGAAGCGCGAGAGCUGAGCGGAACUGGGGCUAUUAGGGAACCUGCAGGUCUUCCUGGAAAGUCGCGAGCCUGUGUUAGGAAGUCGUCCCGCGACCGCGCCGCCUUGGAGCUGCCAGCAGCCCGUAGAAACAUGACAGCCAAGAUGGUCCCCUUGCACCCAUACUGGCCCAGGCACUUGAAGCUGGACAACUUCGUGCCUAAUGACCUCCCGACUUGGCAUAUCCUGGCUGGCCUAUUCUCCAUCUCUGGGGGCCUAAUUGUGGUCACGUGGCUGGUGUCUAGCCGAGCCUCCGUUGUCCCCCUUGGAGCUGGCCGUCGACUGGCCCUGUGCUGGUUUGCUGUGUGCACAUUCAUUCACCUUGUGAUCGAGGGCUGGUUCUCAUUCUACCAUGACAUCCUGCUCGAAGACCAAGCCUUCUUAUCCCAACUCUGGAAAGAGUAUUCCAAGGGAGACAGCCGAUAUAUCCUUAGUGACGGCUUCACCGUCUGUAUGGAGACUGUCACAGCUUGUCUCUGGGGACCUCUCAGCCUAUGGGUGGUCAUUGCCUUCCUCCGCCAUCAACCCUUCCGCUUUGUCCUACAGCUUGUGGUCUCUGUGGGCCAGAUAUACGGGGAUGUGCUGUACUUCCUGACAGAGCUACGCGAUGGAUUCCAGCAUGGGGAGCUAGGCCACCCCCUUUAUUUCUGGUUUUAUUUUGUUACCAUGAAUGCUAUAUGGUUGGUGGUACCAGGCAUCCUCGUGCUUGAUGCCAUAAAGCAUCUCACUAAUGCCCAGAGCAUGGUGGACAGCAAAGUCAUGAAAAUUAAGAGCAAGCAUAACUAAAGAGGUGGGGCGUGGGCUGGGACCCUGCUGAUGAGGCGCUCUGCCCACUUCCCAGAAGACUCGAAUCUUCUUCCUCCUCGCACAGGUUGGAGGGUCUGAACUAUCGGACUUGUCAUACUCAAACCUGAUGAGUGAGCACACAGAGGGCCUGAGUCAGAAAAGGUAGGGAACAUACGGAGGAGCUACUGCCAGGAAGCAUAGGGAAAAGAUGGAAGAGAAAGGCGGGAAGUUCGUGAUGCCACCAUUUCCGAAACCAGGAAAUAAAAUGUCUUUAACUGUAA